AUGGCAUCGAAUCAAGAAGGUGCCGAAGGUACCAGUGCCAUGGGCUUGGGCCCUGUACCUCAAGCCCAUCCUAGCACAGAGCCAACACGGAAUGAACCACCAACACUCACAUCCACGAUGACGACGAGGACCCCUUCUCCGCCCCGAAAUUCAGGGCCGACGAGUAUUCAGUACAUAUUGAAUCCGGCUGAGAAUGAAACUGUCGCACCUCUACAAGUCGAUCACGACAUUCACCAAGACGAGCACGAUUCAGCCUAUGGCUCUGAUGCCGGCUCUGCAUACACCGCGUCCAUCACUUCCUCCAUCUACCAUUACCAGUACGAGAACGGCCGAAGAUAUCAUGCAUACCGCGAGGGCCAGUACGUUCUCCCCAACGACGAUCAGGAACAGGAGCGGCUAGAUCUGCAGCAUCACAUCUGGCGUUUACUUCUAGGCGGACGUGUCUACACCGCUCCCUUACCCGAUCCGAACGACGAACAGACCGAACCACUGAGGAUACUCGACCUUGGUACGGGCACGGGGAUAUGGGCCAUCGACAUGGCAGAUGAGUUUCCCACGGCCGAGGUCUUUGGCGUUGAUUUAUCGCCGAUACAGCCGGAGUGGGUUCCGUCAAAUUGCAAGUUCCAUGUCGAUGAUUACGAAGACGAGUGGACAUACCGGGAGGACGAGAAAUUCGACUACAUCCACGGCCGCGCACUGAGCGGAACAUCGUCGGACUGGGCAAGGUUCUACGGUAGAGUGAUGGGCGGACUGAAGCCCGGCGGCUGGGUUGAGAUGCAAGAGUACGAUGCGUGGAUAUUCAGCGACGAUGACAGUUUUGAUCGAGCAGUAUGGACGAAGGAGUGGGUCACAAAGCUUGAUGAAGCAAGUAAGAUGUACGGGAAGCAGAUUAAUGUUGCAAGGUUUCACAAGCAGUGGAUGAUUGACGCUGGUUUCGAGGAUGUUCAGGAAUUGGUUUACAGGAUACCCAUCGGGCCCUGGGCUAAGGAUCCUGCGCUGAAAGAACUUGGUCGUUGUGAGUUGGUUCACAUGCAGAUGUCAGUUGACUCCCACACACCCGCCCUGUUCACCAGGGUUCUGGGCUUCAGUCAAGACCAAGCAAAGGUUCUUAUGGAGGGCGUCAAGAGAGAGUUCAGAAGCAAGGACUUUAGACUCAUCACAACCUAUCGAUUUCUUACGGGGAGGAAACCUUUGUGA